CACGUAGGACUCAUCCUAUUCUCUGCACUUCUCCCCUUCUCCUCCGCGUUCUUUGCCACUCGCUUUUCAGCACUCACCACUGUCGUUUGCCUUCACCUUCUUGCUGUUCGAGUCUUCCUCAUUCACUGCAAUUUCCUACUCAUCUACCGAAGCUGGUCUUCAAUCACGUACACUAAUUCUGCCAGACCUAUCCCCUCGCAAGCAACACAUUCGGGAGCACGGUGUCGCGAUGCUGUCGAUACUGGACAUCCUGCUUCUCGUGUUGUGCGCAGGAUACGCAUCCGCCGGGCCACUGCGAAGACUCGAGAACACCACAUCGGUCGACGGCUCCUCCACAUCAUUACAACAACGAAGUGCGAACGCGGCUCUCACCACGCAAAGCAACUUCAAUCAGCCGAACACAACAUUCAUCACCAGUCGAACACGGCUUGAUAGCUUCAUUUCGAGUCGUUCGGCCUUUUCCAGCGGCUCGACUGUGAGUACCUUUUUGGCUACUCAGCUUAGCCCGAAUGCUUCUACGAGUCAUCCCGGCACCACAAUAUUAGGCUCGGGGGCAGCUUCAUUCACGGGAACUACACAAAGCCUCAACUCGAACAUCACCGCCACUCCAAAUGCUGGCAAUAGCCCCAGUCCUACUGCCGCAAAUUCGAACUCGCCCUCAGCUGCUCCAUUCGCACCCCCUUCCAACCCGAGGAACGGCACAUCCGCCCAACCGAACAGUACGACGCUCGAAGGCACUACAACAACUACACUCGUGGUGACCAGGACGAUACCGCGAGCCUUCCACGCCAACACCUCCGUCGCUCUCCCAAGGUUUUCGCAGCGUCCCGGUUCAUCAAACGGUACACGAGGCUUUGGAGGCUUUCGCGGCAACGGAAGUGCCCCAAGCUCGACGCUGACCUCCCGCCCUCUUGACAUCACCCCUUCGCACCUGAUUCAACCCCCACCAUCAACAGCUUCCUUCGUUCUAGGAAGUUCAACGCUAGAAGUCACCGUCUCUCAAAUUCAUGCCGGCGCAGCAGCAGCAUCGAGCCGCGUUCCCGUCGCCUCAGAAUCUGGAACAACGACCACCACCAUCACUUUCAUGAGCACAGUACAUCAAACUAUCACUGCGAUCCGGCACUCGCAGACGUCCGUCGCAAACAGCAGUAACAACAGCCCAUCAGUGAAUGGGAUUAAUAGCAGCGCACGCGCAAGUACCCUGACAGGCAGCUCCUCUCCCCUCCCAACAACCUUCCCUCAUUUUUCAUACGAUCCGACUUCAGCCAGCACUCAGCUCCCAGCUACGACAUCCACGCCAAACACAGCCUUGCCACCCAUCGUCUCAGCAACUUCGAGUCCAACGUCUACCACUUCAACACCACAGCAACUCUCUACCCCAAGUUCCAGUCCGACCACAACGCUUACGAGUCCUACAACCGCGCCACCUCCACCUCCUCCAGCUCCAAGUGCCUCUUCGCCUUCCACGCCUCCCACUUCUGCACUGCAAGGCAUCACUAUUGUGCCCAUCAAUCCAGAGGCGACAACGGUGACGGUCACUUUCACCGACGCUGCGGCUACUACAACGGUUGCCGAGGGCACUGUUACGGUCACAGUAACUGCGCAGGGUUCUGGGCGGCCCUGGUGGCAUGGUGAUUGAGGUGUACACUGAACCUGGAUUUUGGGGGUCAUAUGCAAUUCGGGUUAAACGAUGCUUAUGUCGGUGCAUGCGUGGGUAGCGGUGAUG